AUGUAUGUAUCUCUAUCUAUAUUUAAAUCUAUCUAUCUAUCUAUCUAUCUAUCUAUCUAUCUUUUGCGAAAUUCUAAUACGAACAUCUCUCUUUCACUCCCUCCCCCCUCUCUCUCUUUAUCUAUCUAUCUAUCUAUCUAUCUAUCUAUCUAUCUAUCUAUCUAUCUAUCUAUCUAUAUAUAUAUAUAUAUGAACAAUUCGUACUUUUCUAUAAAUAUUUUCAUAUCUAUCUAUCUAUCUAUCUAUCUAUCUAUCUAUCUAUCUAUCUAUUCUUUGAUUGUUUUUCUAUCUAUCUAUCUAUCUAUCUAUCUAUCUAUCUAUCUAUCUAUGUUCAUAUCUUUUUAUCUGUCUCACUCUGUUCAUAUCUAUCUAUCUAUGUAUUGUUUGUUUAUCUAUCUAUCUAUCUAUCUAUCUAUCUAUCUAUCUAUCUAUCUAUCUAUCUAUCUAUCAUUUGUUUAUUUACAUAUCUAUAUCUGUCCGUCCAUCCCUCUAGCUAGUACCUGUUCUCUUCCUUUGAAAGAUAUUAGGCAUGCAUACCCCCCACCGUGUAUACCAACACUGCGGCAACACAUACGCUUUCGUAUUAAAGAAAAAGGAUUGUUGAAUACCGGCGCUAGUGAAACAGUGGCCGCGCGGAUUGGACCUUAUUUUUCAUCCGUAGCCCAUACGUACAUAUUAGCAGCAUAUUUUCAACCGACCUCGUGUUGCACCCUACAAGCGUAUAUAAGUGGCAUAGCAUAUAUCCACUUCUUCCUUACCUCUCCUCCACGGUCCACUCUUUCUUGCUGCUAUUUAUGGGGAAGUGGUUUUUUUCUUUCUUUAAUUUGCUUUUUUCUUUAUUGUUUUCUUGCUUUAACUUUCUUGCAAUCUUUCUUUCUUUCUUUCUUUCUUUCUUUCUUUCUUUCUUUCUUUCUUUCUUUCCUUUCUCCUUUCCAAAAUAUUUCUUUCUUUUUUCUUUCAUUUUUUCUUUCUUUCAUAUUCUUUCUUUUCUUUCUUUUCUUUCUUUCUUUCUUUCUUUCUUUCUUUCUUUCUCCAUACCAAAAUCUUUCUUUCUUUUUUCUUAUUUAUUUUUCUCUCUAUUCUUUCUUUCUUUCUUUCUUUCUUUCUUUCUUUCUUUCUUUCUUUCCCUUUCUCCUUUCCAAAAUAUUUCUUUCUUUUUUCUUUCAUUUUUUCUUUCUUUCAUCUUCUUUCUUUCUUUCUUUCUUUCUUUCUUUCUUUCUUUCUUUCUUUCUUUCUUUCUUUCUUUCUCCAUACCAAAAUCUUUCUUUCUUUUUUCUUAUUUAUUUUUCUCUCUAUUCUUUCUUUUUCUUUCUUUCUUUCUUUCUUUCUUUCUUUCUUUCUUUCUUUCUUUCUUUCUUUCUCCAUACCAAAAUCUUUCUUUCUUUUUUCUUAUUUAUUUUCCUCUCUAUUCUUUCUUUCUUUCAGCCUUUCUUUCUUUCUUUCUUUCUUUCUUUCUUUCUUUCUUUCUUUCUUUCUUUCUUUCUUAUUAAAUUUGUUUCUUUCUAUCUUACAUUCUUUUUCUUUCUUUUUUCUUUCUUUCUUUCUGUCUUUCUUUCUUUCUUUCUUUAUUUAUUUAUUUUUAUCCUCACCAAAAUAUUUCUUUGUUUUUUCUUAUUCAUUUUCCUCUCUUUUCAUUUCCUUUCUUUCUUUUUUCUUUCUUUAUUUCUUUUCUUUCUUUCUUUCUUUCUUUCUUUCUUUCUUUCUUUAUUUCAUGGAUUCUUUUUUUAUUUUUACUUUCUUUCUUCCUUGUAUAUUUCAUCUUCCUUCUUUCUUUUCUGUCUUUAUUGUUUUCUUUCUUUCUUCUCCCGCCUUUAUUUUUUAUUUUGUUUGUUUCUUUUUUUUUCCAUUGUUUAUUUUCUUUCUUUCCGUCUUACUUUCUGUCUUUCUUUCUUUCUUUCUUUCUUUCUUUCUUUCUUUCUUUCUUUCUUCUCCAUUCUUCAAUUUCGCUUUUUUUGCCCCAUUAUUUCUUAUUUGCUUAUUUUCUUUCUUUCUUUUUCCUUUUUCCACUGUUUAUUUUUUUCUUUCUUUCUUUCUUUCUUUCUUUCUUUCUUUCUUUCAUCUUCUUUCUUUCUUUCUUUCUUUCUUUCUUUCUUUCUUUCUUUCUUUCUUUCUUUCUUUACCUUUCUCCUUUCCAAAAUAUUUGUUUGUUUGUUUGUUUCUUUCUUUUUCUUUCUUUUUUUCUUUCUUUCUUUCUUUCUUUCUUUCUUUUUUUUCUUUCAUAUAUUCUUAUUAAAUUUCUUUUCGUUUUUCUUUCUUUCUUUCUUUCUUUCUUUCUUUUUGUUUUCUUUCUUUCUUUUUGCUUUUUUCUUUCUUGCAUGCUUACUUCCCCUUUAUUUACUUUCGCUUACUUUCUUUUACUUCUUUAUUUCUAAAUGCUUAUUUUCUUACUUUCUUUCUUUCUUUCUUUCUUUCUUUCUUUCUUUCUUUCUUUUGUCUUUCCUGUUUUCUUUCCUUCUUUAUUGCAUUCUUUCUUCUCCGUUCUUUCCUCGCCUUUAUUUUUUAUUUUGUUUGUUUCUUUUUUUUCCAUUGUUUAUUUUCUUUCUUUCUUUCUUUCUAUCUUUCUUUCUUUCUUUCUUUCUUUCUUUCUUUUAUUCUUUCUUCUCCGUUCUUCAAUUUCGCUUUUUUUGCCCCAUUAUUUCUUAUUUGCUUAUUUUCUUUCUUUCUUUUUCCUUUUUCCACUGUUUAUUUUCUUUCUUUCUGUCUUUCUUUCUUUCUUUCUUUCUUUCUUUCUUUCUUUCUUUCUUUCUUUCUUCUCCGUUCUUCAAUUUCGCUUUUUUUGCCCCAUUAUUUCUUAUUUGCUUAUUUUCUUUCUUUCUUUUUCCUUUUUCCACUGUUUAUUUUCUUUCUUUCUUUCUUUCUUUCUUUCUUUCUUUUUCUUGUCUUGAUUGUUUGCUUCUUUCUUUCCUUCUUUCUUCUCCUUUAUUUCUUAUUUGCUUAAUUUCUUUCUUCCUUUCUUUCUUGCUUUCUUUCUUUCUUUUUUCCAUUAUUUUCUUUCUUUCUUUCUUUCUUUCUUUCUUUCUUUCUUUCUUUUCAACUUUCUUUCCUUCUUUCUUCUCCAUCCUUUGCAUUCCAUUCCAUUCCCCCCCUCUUCCUCUUUCCGUUUCCGCUUUUUCUUUUUGUUCUCCUCAGAAUUAUUUGGAAGACAUCUAUCUAUCUAUCUAUCUAUCUACUGAAAUUUCUUCAUAUUUAUCUAUCUAUCUAUCUAUCUGUCUGUCUAUCUGUCUGUCUAUCUCUAUUUAUCUCUCUACUGAAAUUUCUUCAUAUCUAUCUAUCUAA